GUCGCUUAAGAAAUUAUUGUUGCCGACGCGCGAUGGCGCUGGCAGCCUUUGAUGACAACUUCAGCUUUUCUCAGGAGUCAGUGGCACGGCUGGGGGACCGCGCGGGCAGCGGCCAGAAGUUGACGGAGGAGCAACAGCGUCAGCUGAAGCAAAGCAAGGCCUUCCAGGCUCAGUUGCAGGUGGAUCAGCUGCUCGAGGAGUACUGCGCAGAGCGCGACAAGAAGAGGGCUGCAUUGGAUCAGUCCUUCACUCCAGAAGAGGCGGAUUUCUCGGCGUCCAAAGCCUUCGACUACGACCGGGCGGUGAACUACUACGAGGUCCUUGGUAUCGAGGAGUACGCUCCCCUGGACGAGGUGAACCGCUCCUACAAGCGCCUGUCCUUGGUCUAUCACCCGGACAAGACCAAGGGCAUGUCGGUUCAGCUGCAGCAGGACUAUGAGAUCAUCUUCAUUUCGGUGAAGAAUGCACACCUGGUCCUAGGUGACCAAGCAACGCGCAGGCAGUACGACAAGGACCGUGAUCAAGAUCGAGCCAAAGAGCUCGUGAGCGGUGUGAAGGCACAGAAGUCAGAGCACGUGGACCUGACCGAGGUGCUCAAGCGCAUCAGCGAGAUGCAGAGGCCGCCGGGGAAGACGGUGGAGGUGCCGCUGGAGUUAGAGCUGGAGCAAUUCUUCUACGGUGCACACAAGGUCAUUCACCGGACGCGUCGCUUCAAAGACUUCUACGCUGGUUUGGUCACGCAGGAGCAUCCCUACCGGCUGCACGUUGUGAGGGGCGCCAGUGAACCCGUGGAGAUCAUCUUCAAGGAGCAGGGGGACCACAACCCUGACGCGCGGCCGGACACGGUAAGCUUCCGCGUCACCUCCAAGGCCCACGCGCUCUUGGAGCGCCGGGGGGCAGACCUGCAACGCCGCGAGGAGGUGCAGCUACCUUCCGGCUCCAUGACCCAGGCCCUCUUCGAGUGCCAAGUCUCUGGCCUGCAGGGCCGUCAGCUGCUGCUUUGGGGCCACAAUCCUUUCUACCCCUCCUGGAGGAAUCACCCUGCAAUGGAACCGCGGUUGGAGGUGGCGGUUCUCAGCGAGGGCCUCUCUGACCACGGGAGCUUUCGCUUCUCCCUGCGCUUCAGACCGGCCACGGAGGUCUUCUCAAAGGAAGAGGCCCGGCAGUUUCUGAAGGACCUGCUCAACGAGGCCAAAGGAAGUCCCAGCGACCUCGAGCGACUGGAGCGCGUCGCCGCCGCGAAGGUGCCGGAGGGAGCGCAUCGAUUGCGCCGCGCCGUCAGCGCAGCCAUCAGCGCGGUGCCGAACGAAUGGGGCUUGAUUGCCAAAGCAGUCCGCCUUCUGAGACCUCAAGGCGCCAGCCCGGAGGAGUUCAUCUCCAGGCAUAGCUUGGGCAGCCUGAAGUCGACCACUGCUGAGGAGUGGGACGAAGCCGCCUGCGAGCGCCAAAGCUCACAAGGAGAAGCUCAUGGCCGAGGCGGCCUUUGCAAAGCCAAACUGUCCGCAAGAGCAGCCAAGCGCUGGCGCUCCGGCUGCAGCUUGCAACUGCGACCCUUCGGAGAGGAGAUCCAGCUUUUCACCGAGCCCAAAUGCAGCCUUAAGUUCUUCAGCAACCUGGAGAACAGCGAAGGUUUUCCCGUCUUCGGGGUUUGCCUCGCGAGCCCCGGGGCCACGGCCUCCGCGUGGCAGCAGUUGCUGUCGCAGCUGGGGCCGCUGCUGCAGCAGAGCAUCUUCCGGUUGAUGCCUUCGGCGCGGAUCCACGUGCCGCGCUGCCUAGGGGACUUUGCUGCGCCGUUGUCCGAGAGGACUACGAGUUUGGAGCCGGUCCCUUGGAAGCGCUUGGGCACUGAAGCCUUCAGGCAGGGUGACUUCUGGCUAGCUGCGCAUUACUACUCGAGGUGGAUGGAGGACAUCGCAGACGACUCCGAGAAAGCUGUGGCCUUCUCCAACCGCGCCGCUUGCCUGGCCAAGGUUGGCGACUUCGAUGGAGCUUCGGCUGACGCGCAGGCUGCCAAGGAGCUCGCGCAGUCCUGGGCGCGGCCUUGGGCACGCCUCGGCUUCGCCGCUUUGCAGCGGCAGGCUUUGGCGGAGUCUUUGGAGGCUUAUCGCCGUGCGGUUGCGCUGGAACCAUGCCUGGCAAACCUGGAAGGCCUCCUGCAGGCUGCUCGUGCAGCAGAGAUGGCCGACGACGAAGAGGAGAAGCGGAAAGGAGACGCGGCCUUCAGCAUGAAGCCCGCGCAGCUGGGCACGGCCGUAGCCUGCUACACAGUGGCGCUGGCACACGCUGCAGCGAAGCUGCCAGUGAAAGAAGUGGAGGCGCUGGCGACCUCCGAGCGGCGCCUGCUCGAGGCGGAGAACCGCAUCAGCGCGGAGGAGAGCUUUCGACAAGCGGCCCAGGAUCUGCAGAAGGCUUCACAGAGCACGGCCGCUCUGGCGGCUUUGUACGGCAACCGCUCUGCUGCGCUGUGCCAUAUGAAGUUCUGGAGUGAGGCGGUGCAGGAUGCCCGCAUUGCUGCGAAGCUGCAGCAAAGCUCUGCUAAAGCUCGUUGCCGCCUGGGAGUGGCAUUGCUGGGCGCGGGCAAGGUCGAGGAGGCCUAUGCUGAGUUUGCCUGGGCGCUGGCCAUGGACAGCCACUACUCGGUGGCCCGGCAGGGCUUGGAGGCCUGCCUUACUGCCAUUCCCAAGUGGAGAUCUAGAGCGCAGAAGAGCCAGCUGCUUCGAGACCGGGGCCGGCCCCGCGCUUUUACCAAGGUCUGGGUGGUUUCUGACCUCUACUACGACCACAAAGCCAAUGCAGAGUGGUGCCAAGCCAUUGACGAUGCAGAGUUCCAGGACGACGUACUGAUCGUGGCCGGAAACGUGGCGGAGACGAUGCACACCACGCUGCGCGCCCUGAAGGUGCUGAAGGCCAAGUACCGCCGGGUCUUCUUCGUGCCCGGGAACCGGGACCUCGCACUGAACGCCAGCGAGGUGCGCACCGCGCGGUUCCCCGACUCCGUGGCGAAGCUGCUGGCCCUGAUCCAGGCCUGCGACGACAUGGGCGUCGAGAUGUUUCCCGCGGCAAUUUCUCAGGAUGUCUAUGUGGUUCCGCUCUUCUCCUGGUACAAUGCGGAGUUCGACAAGAGGAGCCGCCCUGAUCCGAACAUGAUCUUCGACCCGCAGUGCGUCUGGCCCUUGGAUCAGCAUCAGCUCUGGAAGUGGAUGCUGAAGCUCAACGAGGCGCACUUGCGCUUGCCAUACCGUGGCUCGGUUUUGACAUUUUCGCACUUCCUGCCUUUGACCACGCUUCCCUUCGACGGCACAGGCAAGCAGGCACAGGCUAUGGGCUGUGAGGAGAUUGAGGAUCAGCUUCGUCAGCUGCGAAGCGUCGGCCACGCCUACGGCCAUUCAACGAUGCGUGCCCAUCAGGUGGCCGGAGGCACCGUCUUUGUGAACCACGCCCUGGGCGUGCUCGAGGACGAGGUGCCCUCCCCGCACCUUUUCUUCGAUGCGAACGGAGUCGUCAAGAGUGGCCGCUGAAGCGAGAAAUCGGACGUGAGGAUGGAUUGUGCCAGGUGGGGUUUCAUUGUGU